AUGGCGGAUGAAGCUCCCAAGCUCUUCGAACAGUGCCGCGUCUUCGUUGUAUGCUCUCAGGAGCUUCCUCUGGAGACGGCUGAACAGCUCGCAGCUAUUAUCGAAGAACAUGGUGGCGAUCCAUCGAUCCAUCAGAGCGGCCCAGAGAAAUUUGAUGUCAUUGAAUGUACCCAUAUCGUUUCGAGCACGAUUCAAUUCCCCUCAUACGACUACUUUUCCAACGCUUUGAUCCCGGUUGUCAAGCCCUCCUGGGUCCAUGCCUCCCUCUCCAAGCACAAGCUGGCGAAUCCGCGCCAGCAUAGUCCGGACCCGAGAUUAUUUCUGAACGACGUCGUGGUCACCUGUGGCGACAUCCCCGAGGGGGACAAAGACGCCAUCAUUGGCGGCGUGUUAGCCAAGGGUGGCCUCUACAGCCCUCGAGUUACCGGCAUGGUCACCCAUCUGGUGGACUUGACGGAAAAUUCAGACAAGGCGCGCAUGGUGAAGAUCAAGGGAAUGCGCGUUAAGAUCGUUCUACCCCACUGGUUCGAUGAUUGUCUGAAACUUGGCCAUCGUAUCGACGAACGACCCUACAUGCUCCCCGAUCCCGAGAUACUCCGCGCAGGUCCCGAUGACCCAAUUCGGUGGAGCGAGAACAAAGAUGUGGCUGGCGCCUCGACCCCUGCACCUUCUGCUAUGCCUACUCCUGGAAAGUUAAACCAACCGAGCGUGUUUGAAGGCAAGAGUGUGAUGCUAUCCAAAGACCUAGGCAUCGGAUCGCACCUCCAACAGUCCAUCGAGGCAGUGCUCACCAGAGGUGGUUGCAGUAUGACGCGAAAUGUCGAUGAGGCAGAUUGGGUCGUGUGCCGUUUUCGCGAUGGAUUUGUGUACCGGACAGCUUCGCGGCUCGACAAGGUUGUCGGUAACCUUGCCUGGCUAUACUACCUAAUGACGUUCAACACGUACACCCGCCCUCUCAGCAGACCCUUGCACUACCCGGUCUCCCGUACGCCAAUACCUGGAUUCGCAGGACUGAAAAUCAGUCUAUCGAACUACGUUGGUGAGGCGAGAAUAUACCUUGAGAACUUGAUUGCGGCCUCUGGAGCAGAAUGCACGAAGACAUUGAGGCAGGAAAAUACGCACUUGAUCACUGCUCAUGGUACCAGUGAGAAAUGCAACGCGGCCAAAGAAUGGGGACUGGAGGUUGUCAACCACCUAUGGCUGGAAGACAGCUAUGCCAAAUGGAAGGAACAACCAGUUUCUGAUCCCCGAUAUACUCACUUUCCUUCGCGAACAAACCUGAGCGACGUUGUUGGUCAAAAGAUGCUGGAUCAUGACGUUCUAGAGGAAAACUUUUUUCCAUCUACGGACGCAGAGGCAGAACCCGUCUUCCUGCCGCAAGCCAUGCAGACAAAGGAUCAGAAUGCGAUUGCACGACCUUUGGCCGGUAAAUCAGACCAGGAAGAGGCAAAAGACUCGGAGGCAACACAUGAUACUCCGCAGCCGACUGGGAAGAAACCUCGCAGACCAUCGGAAAACAAAAAACUCCAAACACCUGUGCGAUCGCGUCUCAUACCUGAAAACAAGGAAAACGAGACGCCUUCUUCUACCAGCAGUCGAAAAUCCAAAGAUGCAGCUACAGCUCGCCUUCAUGAUCUAGCUCCAGAUCUUGCUCUUUACGAAAAGGAGAGAAAGCGCGUCGGGGGGGUCAUCUACGGUGGCCGACGCAAGUCCGAUGAAGACCGGGUCGACAUGACCAAAAACCAGAAGAAACGUCGUUCUGCAGAGCCACAGGACGAGAGUGACGACGAGCAGAUGACGGAUGCAAAGCGGCAGAAAAGGACUCGGCCGCCAAUUUCUAUGCAUCUACUAAUUACCGGCUAUCAAAAGUGGGUUGGACACGAAAAAACGGAGGAUGCAGAUAAGCGUCACCUCCGAGAACUGGGCAUCAUGGUCGUCCAAGACGCUCGCAGGUGCACACACCUUGCAGCGCCUGCGAUUCUACGAACUACAAAGUUCGUAAAUGCGCUCGCUUACGCCCCACAGAUUGUCAGUACGGAGUUUAUUACCAGCUGUCUAAAGCAGGAUAAGCUUCUGAAUCCAUCAGAUUUCCCCUUGGUGGACAAAGCGGCCGAGACAAAGUUCCAGUUCUCUCUGGAAACGGCCGUGGGAAAGGCCAAGGCUAACAGGAACAAGCUCCUCAAUGGAUUCCGAGUUUAUUGUGUUGAGGACAUCCGUGGCGGGUUUGACGCUUUCAAAUCGAUCGUCGAGACAAACGGCGGCGAGUGCUUGCUUUUCCGCGGUCGCCUGGCACUCGCAAAGAAUUCUCGUCGCGAGGAAAGCGACGACGAGGAUAGUGAUAUGGAUGGCGAUGAACCGGGUCGCAACGAAGUCUUUCUCUUGAGCAGUGUCGAGCCCAGACACGCUCGGUUAUGGCCUCGCUUCCGGCAGGUGGCGGAAGACAUUAAGAAGACACCUCGAAUUGUCCGCGUGGACUGGCUGUUAGAUAUAGCCAUGUCACAAGAGCUCCGGGCCGCGGGGGACUAUGAGGUCACCGAGGAAAUGGUUGAAGCUGUUGACGAAUGA